GGAAAUACUCAAAAUUCAGAGCCAAAAAAAAUUGUAAUAAUUUCAAAAAAAUGAAGAAACAAAUAGUGAAGGAGUUCAUCACCGUAAAAAAAGUUAGGUAUUUGCCACCGGAACCUGAGGAGCCUCCACCACCACCACCACCGCCCAAAAGGUGGUGCCUUGCCGUUGGAUCCUGCUCGCUGGACAUGAUCACGAUUGUGAACGACCGGCUCGUGCCUGGCCAAGUAGCACGCACCACGGACGGGUCCUGGCGGCGGGGCGGACCAGCUGCCAAUAUUUGCACGGUUUGGCGACGACUGGGCAUGGAGUGCGAGUUCCUGGGCGUCCUCAGCCGGAUGGGCGCGUUUGAGAGCCUACGUCACAGUUUCCAGUCGGAUAACAUUGAAAUCUCGAACUGUCCCAUGACCAAUCACCAUCCUCCGCAUAGGAGCAUCGUUGUGCAAAGGAACACCGACUUUCGCACUGUCCUGGAGUUUGCCGACAGACGCCAGGAGCUAACCUACCAGCAGUUUGUGGGUGCGGUGGAUUACCAAAAGUACUUGUGGAUCCACUUUGAGAUGCGCCUGCCCGACCAGAUUAGGAAGAUGAUUUUGGCUGUGCGCGACUUCAACGAACGUUGCCCCGAAUCGAAGAUCACAAUCUCCACCGAUGUGGAUAACAUGAAUCCAGACACCAUGCUCGCCGCCAGCAUGGCGGACUACGUUUUCAUUCGGAAGGCCGUCAUGCACAAGUAUGCCUACGUGAACGGUCGGGAAACCGUCUGCGCCGCCAGGGAAAAGAUGGUAUUUGAAAGGAAAAAGUAUGAGAAGUCCCUUCCGCCUAAGAAUCCCUAUGUGCUGCCCGACGAACUCACGGAGGACGAACUUUGUCAGCCUGCAGAGUCCAAUCAACCCAUUAUCACAUACAACAACUUUCAGGAUGGAGCCAGCUGCCUGCUAAAAGAUGACACCUUCCUUAAGGUCGCUGCCCAGACUCCGGCCAAAAUGGUGGACGUGAACGGGAACAGUGACACCUUUGCUGCAUCCGUGAUUUAUGCUCUGCUGAUGGUGAAGAUGUCCAUACGAGAUGCUCUGGAAUAUGGCGCCCGAGCAUCGGCGCUCAAGGUAACCGCUGAGGGAUUCGACAUAAUGCGAUGCAUGCCCAAGGAUCUCGUCAAGUGCUACUAUGCUUAAGCUAUAUAU